UCUUUAUCGAAAAUAUUUAAUCUUCAAAUUUAUGGGGAAAUCAAAGAUUGGCAUAUUUACUCUGGUUAGGAAUGUGAUUGUAUAUGUGUGAAUUAUUAUGUAUAUAAAAUUCUUAUAGGAGUUUGAAAUGCAUGUUUAAGGAGUAAUUUUGAGAAAUCAUGUUAUCUGAAAAGCCAUCCAUUUAGUAUUUUCUUCCAAUUGUUGGAUCUUUAUGUGAAUGGAUGUUGAUGCAUUUGAGCUUCUUUCGGAAAAAAUUCAGGAUGGGAAGGGUUAAACUAAAGAUCAAGAGAUUGGAGAACACAAAUGGCCGCCAAGCAACUUAUGGCAAGCGGAAGCAUGGUAUUAUGAAGAAGGCUAAUGAGUUGUCUAUACUGUGCGACAUACCCAUUAUCCUUCUCAUGUUCUCACCAACGGGAAAGCCUUCAUUGUGUAAAGGAAAACGCAGCAUGGAAGAAGUCAUGACAAAAUUUGCUCAGCUAUCACCCCAAGAAAGGACAAAAAGGAAGUUGGAAAGCCUCGAAGCACUGAAAAAGACAUUUAAGAAGUUGGACCAUGAUGUCAACAUACCAGAAUUUUUUGGUUCAAGUUUGAGUUUAUCAGGACCUUACAAACCAGUCAAACUUAUUGCAGAAACAACUUUCUGAAACGCAGAAGAGAUUGAGCUAUUGGACUAAUCCCAAUGAUAUCAACAACAUUGAAUUGUUGGGUCAGUUGGAGAAUUCUGUUAGGGAGUCACUUAGUCAAAUCCAUGCACAUAAGGAAAAUUUAGGAAAGCAACAAAUGGAUUCACUAGAUUGCAAUAGUCAGCCUUGUUUGCAGUACCAAAAUGGAGUGCAGGUACCUUAUAGAAUGAAUGUCGAGCAGCAGUUCCCACCUUUGCAAUGGCUUUCCAACUACGACAACCAACAUAUCAUGUUGCCAAAUGAUCCAAAUAUACUAGCCCUUAGGGAUGUUGAAUGCUCGGCAAGUUCUUCCUAUGGAAGUUACUCUGGAUACUUGGGCACAGGGAAAAGUUGUGAUCUUUCAAAUUCUGGACAGGAAAGUGGUGUGAGCGGUGGUAUUUUAAAUGAGUUAAACGGUAAUGCAUCUUUGAGGCUGCAAUUGACUGGACAGUACCCCUACCUUCCAUACCAUCUUAAUUUGCUUAAUGACGGGAAGUUACAGCCCACAACAGCAGAUAUGAACAGCCUGCAAGAAAGUCCUAUGGAAUUUCUUGUUAAUGGGAGCUUUGAAGCCCCCAAACCUGCUUAUUGUACCACUCCAGGCAGUUGGGCUUCAACAUCUGGACCAUGUGCUAUUACCGUAUUUGAUGAGCAACUCUACUCUCAGCAACCAAAUUGAAGUUUGGAAUCAACAAGUGAUUGAAGUUGCUCUAGGAGCUAGCUUGGUUGCGGUCAUCCAAGGGAAUAACGCAAUAUCGAAUACCGUGAUGCUAUGCUAGAAUUUGGUAAAAUAUACUUUUGUUCAAUCCAAAUGGGUGACAAAGAAGAAGCAAUGAGAUAUACACAUAAUAAUGCUCAAGUAAUGCCAUGAAGUGGAUGAUCAUUAGCUCUUGGGAAGAUAAAAUGGUCUCUAUCAAUAUCGCACAGCUAUGUUCUCGCAUCUAGUUAGUAACUAGAAUCGUCUUUUUGUUUGGUCUUUUGUAUAAAUAUAUCAUAUUAUACAACAUUAGGAUUGUCUCCCCCCUUUUUUCAUUGCAUUUAGUCAUUGUUUCUUCUGGUGAUAGGAUCACCAAAUGGCAACCAAACUAAUAUUGUCUUUCUACCCUUUCCACAAAGAAUGUCUUGACCUGUAACAUAGAAAAUACUAUCUUUUAUCUCCCUAUCAUAUCCACACAUACAGAAUACAUAUCUAGUGAUUUGUAACCUAGAAAUAACAUGUUAUGAAAACACUUUUUUUUU